GAUCAAGAUCGAAACUGAUGUUUACAUUUACCCUUUUAUAUUGUUUUUAGUAUCAAAAUGGCAGAGAAAAUCAACUGUUUGAAAAGAUUGGGUGAUAAUGUGAAAAAGUAUAAACUGAUCACAUUGGAUGGCAAAGAAGAGGUAACUAUUGGUAGAAAUCCAGAUGUGACAGUAUGUAUUUUAUCUACUAUGAUAUCACGAUGCCAUGCUAUACUGAAGAAAAAGAAAACUGGAGAGUGGACAAUUAAAGAUAAUAAGAGUUUGAAUGGAUUGUUUAUAAAUGGUAAGAAGUUGGAGCCUAUGACCAGUACAACACUGCAUGAUGGUGAUAUAGUACAGUUUGGUGUACAGACUAGUCCAGAUACACCAGCAGAAUUCCUCUUUCAAUACUAUACUGCUCUAAAAGUCAAACGAGUAAGGAAAGCUGAAGAUACUGUAGAUGGUGCUGAAUCUUACGGAAAAAGACCAAGACUAGCAGGCAAUGAGGCAAAUAAAGCAGAAAAAGCGUCAUGUAGUAGAACAGGGGAACCAAUGUGUGACAGUGCUGUAUCAAGUUCACAGCCAGAUUUUGGGCACACCGAUACUCCAACAAAACAUAAGCGACCAUUUGCUGGUCAAAAUUCUCCAUAUGAAAAAUACAGGAAGAAAAUGGAGGAACAAGAAGCCCAGGCUGGAGAAAAACUAGCAGAAAUGGAAGCUAAACUUAAGGAAAUGCAGAGAUUACUGCAGGAAAAGGAUUCUGCUAAAGAUGAAAUGGAGCAAGAAUUAAAAGAAGAAAAACUGAGAAGGGAAAAACAAAUCAAAAUGAUGGAGGAUCUGAAAGAAAAGGAGAAACAAAUGAAGGAAGAGUUACAGAAAAAACAGGAUGAGCUGGCUAGAGAAAAGAUGGAGAUGCAAGAAAGAAUGAAGGAAGAGCUGGAAGUGAAAGAAGCUACUCUUCUUGAAAACCUUGAAAAACAAAAACAGGCAUUAAUGAAUGAGAAGAGAGAAGUGGAGGAAAAAUUAAAACAGGAGCUGGAGUCUGAACGAGAGAAAGAUAAACAACUAUCAGAAGAACUAAUACUACAACGUCAAAGGCUUGAAAAGGUGAUAGAAAAUAAGGAGGCAGAGCAGAAACUGCUUGAAAGUCAGCUAAAUGAUACAAAGAAAGAGAAAGAUAGGAAAGAAGAAGAAGUUCUCAAAGCUAAAGAAGAUGUGCUCUCUAAUUUUGCUGAAUUGAUGGAAACAGAGCUCCAAUGUAGCAUAUGCAAUGAACUUUUUAUUAGGGCUACAUCAUUGAACUGUUCUCAUGCAUUUUGUUACUUGUGUAUAAGUCAAUGGAUGAAGGUGAAGAAAGAGUGCCCCCAAUGUAGAACUGCCAUUAAUACACAUAUGCGCUCAAUAGUUCUUGAUAGUUAUAUAGAUAAAAUGGUGGAACAAUUCAGUGAAGAAAUGAAAACUAGAAGAAAAGAAUUGGUUGUUGAACGCAAAAAGGAAGAAACUGCAUUUGAUGAAGCCAACAAACCAAAGCCAGCUGCUGCUAGAGGUCGUGGUCGUGGUGGUCGAGGGCGAGGGAGAACUAGAGGAGGGUUGAUGGCAGCUCCUCCCGCACUGCCGGAACCUCCACCUAUCACAAUAUCAGAGGAUGAUGAUAGCAGCCUUGAUGAUGAUGAUGAUUUUAAUUCCUUAUCAGAUUCUGACAGUGAGGGAUAUAUGGAAGGUGAUGACGGAGCUUACUUUGGAGGAUAUGGGCAUUGUUUUAACUGUGGUAUGCGUGGCCAUUGGGCAAAUGGUUGUCCCUACAGAUAACAGAAACUACUGCUGUGGUCAGAUAUAAAGUACAGGAUUGCUUUUUAAAGAACUUUGUCAAGACAAACUAAAUAAUAGACGCCAGGACAAGAGGUCAUUGCUUAUGCGGAUUUCACUGUUAAGAUUUUGAACGAUUGUUUGCAGAGAAGACAGAGCAUGGCUUGAAUAUUCCAUACACAAAGUUUAUUACUACAGCAAAAAUGUAGUGUUUUAUGAUAAAUGAGCCGCGUCACGACAAAACCAACAUAAUGGGUUUGCGACCAGCAUGGAUCCAGACCAGCCUGCGCUGAUCAGGAUCCAUGCUGUUCGCUUUCAGUUUCUCUACUUGUAAUAGGGUUUGUAAGCGAAACAGCAUGAAUCCUGAUCAGACUGCAUGGAUGCGCAGGCUGGUCUGGAUCCAUGCUGGUCGCAAACCCAUUAUGUUGGUUUUGUCGUGACGCGGCUCAAAUGAUGAUCAAAGAGUUGAGGUGAUUCUCAAAGAUGCAGAUUGUAUUUAUAAUGGAAUGCAGUGAUAGAAAUGGUUAAAGAUGUUGAACUUGUAUUAUGAAUUAACUUCUUUGGUGCGAGAUUAAUGAUCAGAAUUGAUAUGAUGUAUAUUCAUAUAUGAAUACAAAGUAAUUUUAAUAGAAAUUACAUGGUUUCACAUACUUAUAUGUCAACCAUACUUACUUACUUACUAACUGGCGUUUGCAAAUGUCAACCAUAAGUUUGGUUAUCCUCUCAUUUGUUAAGGUUUUGCAUGCAUCUUCUAUCCUUGUUAAUCACUGUAGGAACUUUGUCUUUGAUAUCUUAUUGUAGGUCACUUUCAAAGAUUUCAUACUUUUUGCAUGAUAUUUAACUGUAGAACCCAUUCUUAGCUAUUGUUUGGACUGCCAGUUCUAUCUCUGUAACCACCAAAGUAUUCAAUUGAAUCUCAACACUGUUUUUAAGGUUGUAUAAAUUGUAGGUUGUUUAGGGGAAAAAAAGAACAGCUCCAAACUCUAGGUUUAAUUGUUCCCUUUUGUGCACUUUCUUGCACAUUCUGAUGUUUUAUUAACAAAAUCUGAGGAUUGAGUUGAAAGCAUUAUUCUGUGUAUUUGUAUGGUUUAAAAAUGAUGAUUAAUGAAACUGAUAAUGAAGUGAAUGAGAGUGUUGAGAAUGAAUGUAAAAGCUUACCAUAUUGUAUUUGUACAUGUGCUGUCAUACCUUAAUCAUUUGUCUUAAAUUGUUAAUGAUUUGUUUGUUUCUUUAAUUUUUGAGAAUUUUUCUUUUGCUUUUAAUAUGCUUCAAUCUGGCUUUUUAAUUUGAAAUACUGAGUAUCAGAUUUUUUUUUAAAUUAGGAAGUCCAUAGUUUACAAAAGUUAAAAAAAACCCAAAUAGAAAGGUCAAAAGGAGGAUUAAUAGUUGUCAUCAGGUAAUCUAGCAUGUUUAACUUUUAUAGACAAAAUUCUGGAAAGAGUCAUCAUUCAAGUUACAGACAUGGUUUUUUUACUAACUAAUUUUAAUUUGAAACAUACAGUCUAACAUGCCCAUGUGACCAACUUCUGUCUUUUUUUGUAACCACUAUUAUUCCCCACCAAUCAUUUUCUGUCUAUAUCUUUUAAUGUGUUAAGCAACUUUUGCUCAACGCGACCAGCAAUCGCUUAUUAGUCAGCAAAAUGAGAUCAAUGUUUUCAUCAAGCAUCCAUUUUUACCUAUCAAGUGUCCACUUUUACCUGUCAAGUGUUUGUGGUUUUAAAGAACGCCUUCUCCUGAUUUCACAAGUGUCAACAAUCAAAACGCAAUAUAUAAAUGUAAAAAAGCUUUAUUUCCCAAACCGUUUUUAGCGUAUGCAAAUAAAGUUUUAAAAUCUUGGGGUGGGGGGGGACAUAUACGUGUAUGUAACGGAUCAAAACAGUUUUGUCAAAAAGUAUCAGAAAAUCAUUUUUUUCAGCAUCUAUUUAGAUUAUCGGAGUGUUAUAAUGAUUAAACAUUGAUACGUUUGACUGUAAAUGUUUGCUUGUUGCCUAUUUGAAAAUUUCAGCAUUUCUUCAAAAUUACUUUAGUUUAUAUCUUUAUUAUAAGUUUAUAGCUCUAUUAUAUAUCCUAUGUAUUUUUUUUUAAGCAAAAGCAUGUUUGGACAAUUUAUUUAAUCCUCUUUUAGAUUUCACAUUUUCAUAUGACACUGAUGAUAUUUCUUUGAAAAUGAUUUCUAAUUUUUGUUAUUAACAUAUCCCUAAUGCCAUUGUUCAUUCACAAUAUAAUUUCCCUCUUAAACUGAGCAAAACAUUAAAAUAGUUUUGAAAAGUUCAUAAA